GUCGCCGACCCCUACGAUCGAAAUCGACCUGACUGUUGCGGUCCAGCGAGAAACCUCGUUUUUUGGUGAACGCGCGCGGGACACGGUUCGAACAGGUGUCCCGCUCGUUUCUGCGAACAAAAGUGUGACAUACGCGGCAGACUACACUUCCCGGACGUGUCCGAUCGUUUAUACAGUAAAGCGUCAGGGAAUAUCACAUGGCGUCGGCUUCAAGAAAUCGCCUUACGGUGACAAUCGUCGUGCAGACUUUGGUCAUUAUGUUGAAUUUUUGCUUUAUCGAAUGCGCAGGUGUGACCUGUUUAAAUUUCGGACAUUCCUGUUGGGGUGCGCACGGAAAGCGCAGCGAUGUUCAAGAUGCGCCCGCCUUGCGUGUUCUGACAGCUAAGACUCUGUUGAGCGAAUUCCCACAAAACGGCGUCAUGUCUUCCUCCUCUAAAGCGCAAUGGCUUCUAUCCCGCUUGGUCGCUGGACAGCCCAUACUACCGUUGACGGAUAAAUAUCGUGUUAGAUGGAAUAACGUUCCUAAGAAUAGAGGAUAUGUCCCGGCAACGUGGGAGCGCGACGCGACGUUCACGGAUAAUGAGAAUCUCGAAUCAAUCAGAGUUCCGAUUGACAAUGCGAACGAGAAAAAAGCCAGCAACGCCAAGGAUACAAUGUGUAGUAUGAAUAAGAAAUCCGAAAAUGUAGCGGAGAUCUUGUUAGUUUCACCCAAUGAAUACGAAAAGCCGACCAAUGACCCUCAAAACUUUGACGUACUGAAACUUCUGAAUAUGAGAAACGGGAAAACGGAAUAAAAGACUGCGAAGCACCGUAAAGAGUAAGAGAAUUAUCAAGAAACACCCACCGAAGAGUGAUAAUAAUUCUCUGUAAAAAGACAU